AUGUUCCAUCAGAAUCAGGUAGGAGGAGGAGGAGAGACUGGAUGUCAUGAUCACUGUCAGCUGGCAGGACUCACCCCCUUGCAUGUGGCUGCUCUGUCGGGAAGCACCGAGUGUCUCUCCUACUUGAUCAUGAAGAGAGCCAACAUAAGGCUGCGAGACCAGGACGGAAGGUUGCCCAUCCACUGGGCUGCAGAUUCAGGUCACAAGGAGUGUAUCAUGCACCUCAUCGCUGCAGGACAAGACAUCAACGCACAAGACUGCAAGGGAAACUCUCCGCUGCACUUGGCUGCAAGGAGGGGGAAGAGCGCGGUGUGUGAAUACCUGGUGGAGAUGGGAGGCGAUCUCAACGUUGUGAACCAUCGCAACUGGAAGCCGAUCGAAGCAGCGUCUGUUCCCAUCUACAGGUGA